UGCAGCAGCUUCCAGCUCCACGCGUGUCCCUGCAGAGACGGCAUGGCUGCCCAGCACCUCCUGCUCCUCACCUGCCUGCUGGCCCUGUCAGCCACCGUUCUCGCCCUGGACAUAGAAAACCUGAAUAUCUUCAAUGGAACUUCAGAUAAAAUUCUGAACCUCAACCCAGCAGAUCCUGUGCCUGUGCACAGUGCAGAACACAGCCGGGGGAAGCGAGCCAGUGACACCCGACCACCAGCAGGACGUGCCUGGCCCAAGGACUGCAGUGAGAUCCCCUCAGGCAGCCCCAGCGGCAUCUACCUCAUCCAGCCCACAGGACUGCACCAGCUCGUGGUGUACUGCGACAUGAACGAAACAGCCGGGGGCUGGACGGUCCUCCAGCGGAACCGGCGCGACACACAGAUCACCUGGGCUGAGUCCUGGAGCACCUACAAGUACGGCUUUGGCAACGUGCAGGAUGACUACUGGCUGGGGACGGAGUACAUCUAUCGGAUCACCAAGCAGAAGGUCUACCAGGUCAGGUUUGUCAUCCACGAUUCAUCCGGCACCAUGAAAUACGCAGACUACAACCUCUUCGGUCUGGAAGACGAGUCCAAAGGCUACAGGCUGAGGCUGGGCUCUUACACUGGGACUGCAGGGGACGCCAUGACUUCAAACAAUCCUAGCACCGUGCAUGACAACAUGAAGUUCUCCACUAAAGACCUGGAUCAGGACACUAACAGUGGGAACUGUGCGUCUAGCUAUAGUGGGGGCUGGUGGUACUCGGCUUGUUAUUCUGUUCGACUGAACGUCAAAGGGAGCAUCACUUGGGGUAGUAUCUGUAGUGGGAACUGCCAAGCCUCUGCCAUCCUCAUCAAACCAGCGUCCUACUGUUAGUCACCCCUUCCCCACCCUCCUGUCUGCAGUGAGGCCAACCCCUGCUCCACGAAGGGAUGGAACAGGAUCAAAGUGUGUUAUGGCCAAACCUCCCACCUUGCUGGGGGAAGUUACCUAGGAAACGGGGCCACUUUCCUUCUCCUCUCCCUCCCUGCAGACUUUCCGAGCUCUUCUCCACUUGGCCCUUCCCCUUUCGGCUCUGGGUUGAUUCAUUUUAAAUAUAUUAAAAAUCAGAACAAUUGUUUGCAAAAAUUGUUGUUUCCAAGCAUG